AAAAUCUUACGUUUUUUCUCCGCUUGCGACGUUUUUUUUUUUUUUUUUCAAUAUAUGUUUGAUUUAAACAAUUGGAAAUAUAUCGUACGCGGCAUAUUCAUGUGAGCGUGCUGAGUAACGGUUACUGUUACGGUUAAUAAGGGAGCUUAAGGCGGCUUAAUUUACACCUGCCUGGGACAGAAAACCUAAGUUUCAGGAUGAAGUGCUUAAGAAAGUGAUGUAUACUGAAAAGAAAAGUGCGUAGAAGUGAAAAAGAAGAAAAGAGGAACGAGAGAAGGAGGACCUAUAUAGGUCAGGUCAGGUGUCGUUCGGGAAGCUUGGCCUUUGUAUCGGCGCUUCCCUGAUGAUCUUCACUGGUCAGUUUUCAGCUCUUCAGUUGUUCGUGUCUAGGCUUUUUCUUUGUUGUUCUCUCUUUCUCCACAUUUCAUAUAUCACUGGCUUGGUUUCUUCGAUCAGCUCUUCUUUAAAUAAUGGUUCUCCAAUUAAGUCUUCUUCCUCUGUAGUGAGUCUUUCUAUUUGCAAUAUCUUCUUUCUUUCAUUUGCAUAAGCUGGGCACUGGAUUAAAAAAUGGGUUAAAUUUUCUAGUUCACUAUUGCACAUGAUGCAUUUUGUGUCACCAUUCGUGUGCCUAUUCCUGUCACUUAAUUUUAGGUUGUUAGUCCUUGCCUUAUAUAAUAUUUCUGAUGAUGGCUUAUUGUCAUAAAGCCUAAGAAGCGAUACAAAGCGGCACAGGUCAAAAGAAGAAGAAGAAGAAGAUCAAGAGCAGCAGCGGGAGAGUGUAAACACAGACACGAGGCAAAGUCUGUCUGUCUCCCCGACCUUCAGGAGAAGACCAAGGAGAAGGAGAAGAAAUCACCAAAUGACUGGCCCUUUCACUUGGCAGCGUCAACUCACCAUUCAGCCGCUGACCCCCAGUGACAGACUUCCGGGAGACUGGAAGGUAGUGGUGUCCACCAUGCUGGGAGGAGGACAGCGCUAAGUGACGGCACCCAACUCUGUGUGUGUGUCCUGACGUCCACCGCUGGUGCUGAAGUGAGGGUCUGAGGUGGGCAGCACAGGGCCAGAAGACAGCACCCGACUCUGUGUGUGUGUGUGUCCUGACGUCCACCGCUGGUGCUGAAGUGAGGGUCUGAGGUGGGCAGCACAGGGCCAGAAGACAGCACCUGACUCUGUGUGUGUGUGUCCUGACGUCCACCGCUGGUGCUGAAGUGAGGGUCUGAGGUGGGCAGCACAGGGCCAGAAGACAGCACCUGACUCUGUGUGUGUGUGUCCUGACGUCCACCGCUGGUGCUGGUGCUGAAGUGAGGGUCUGAGACACUUGCUGUGCUCAGCACUCACUGUCCUUGCUCCUUGGUGCAUCCUUCCCUUCACCUGCUUGCUUGGUCCCUGAGUAGCGGUGAGGAAGACUUGCUGCCCCCUCGGCUGCAAGGCCGGGCAGCAGCCUGAGUGGCCAGGAGCAGCAGAGCAGACUGCCACUGGUGUGAGGAUCAGGGGCGAUCAGAAGAACCACCACCACCACCACCCUGCUGCUGCUGCCUUCUCCAGCCAUAAGGAAAGGGAAAGUUUGAGUGGAAGGACUGUGAGGCAGUUUGGGACUGAGAGCAAGUUCAUCAGACACAGCCUUGCACACACUGCUGAGGGAAAGCAUGAGUAUCAGGAGUGUGAGGAAAGACUCCCUGGGAAGGGUGACCUCAACAAAAGCACCCACGCACUCGGGUGAAAGAAAUCAUGAAUCUCAAGGUUGUAGGAAAAGAUUGGGUGGGAAGGAUCACCUCAACACACACACCCUUACACACACUGGAGGAAAAAAACAUGGAUGUAAAGUUUGUGGGAAAAGUUUCCAUCUGAAGGGUGACCUCAAGGGACACACCCUUACACACACUGGUGAAAGAAACCAUAAAUGUGAAGUUUGUGGGAAAAGAUUCACUCUGAAGGGUAACCUCAAGAAACACACCCUUACACACACUGGUGAAAGGAACCAUAAAUGUGAAGUUUGUGGGAAAAGAUUCACUCUGAAGGGUAACCUCAAGAAACACAUCCUUACACACACUGGUGAAAGGAACCAUAAAUGUGAAGUUUGUGGGAAAAGAUUUAAUCGGAAGGAUAGCCUCCAGACACACACCCUUACACACACUGGUGAAAGAAACCAUAACUGUGAAGUUUGUGGGAAAAGCUUCACUCUGAAAGGUGACCUCAAGAAACACACCCUUACACACACUGGUGAAAGGAACCAUAAAUGUGAAGUUUGUGGGAAAAGCUUCACUCUGAAAGGUGACCUCAAGAAACACACCCUUACACACACUGGUGAAAGGAACCAUAAAUGUGAAGUUUGUGGGAAAAGAUUCACUCAGAAGGGUCACCUCCAGACACACACCCUUACACACACUGGUGAAAAAAAUCAUGAGUGUGAAGUUUGUGGGAAAAGAUUUAAUCGGAAGAGUAACCUCCAGACACACACCCUUACACACACUGGUGAAAAAAACCAUGAGUGUGAAGUUUGUGGGAAAAGAUUCCUUGUGAAGUCAUGGCUGAAGAGACAUGGCAUAAGACACUGUGGCCACAAAGGGUUCCAGUGUGAUGCUUGUGGCAAGCGAUUUCUGACAAGAGAGUUCGAAGCUGUCAUGCAAGCCUUCGUUGCUGGUAAUGAGAACCCAAACUUCAUGUUCUGGUGGAGCUACAUGGAGUUGGUCCACAUACUCCUGCUGUUCACUCGUGCUCAGAGGGAUGGAAUCUGGGACCUGGACUUCCAUGCUUUUCAGCGAAUGUUGCCGUAUUUCAUGCACUACAACCAUGUGAACUUUGCUCGCUGGGGAACCAUCUGCUUGAACGAGAUGUACCAGCUUCCAGAAGAGGUUAAGAAGGAAUUUGAAGAUGGCAACUUUGUCGUCAAGCGCUCCUCACUGCGCUUCAACCAAGUGGACCCAGACCAGAGUCAAGAGUGGCUUGGUUGCUUUAGUGUGGAGGCAGGCCCACUUGCAGCACCCAGUUCUCCCUCCACCAGAAACCAUGGGGUGGAGAGUAGAGGGGAGCUCACUUGUUCCUCAACUCUCAUCGCUGCCUCCCAUUCCAGAAGCUCGUGA